GCAGUGGUAUGGAAACAACCAUGGCGGUGGCUGGCAAGUCUACGAAAGUGCGGUUAUUAUCGGUGCUGGACGAUUUAGAGGUGUUAUCCAGGGAAUUGAUAGAGAUGCUUGCACUAUCACGAAGCCAAAAACUCCCUCAAGGAAGCGAGGACACCCAGGUCCUAGAGCUGUUGGUACAGAGAGACCGAGAGUUCCAGGAGCUGAUGAGAGUGGCCCAGGAGCAGGGCAAGGUGCACCAGGAAAUGCAGGUCCUGGAGAAGGAGGUGGAAAAAAGAGACAGCGACAUCCAGCAGCUCCAGAAACAGCUUAAGGAAGCCGAACAUAUUCUGGCGACUGCGGUAUACCAAGCAAAGGAGAAGUUGAAAUCUAUUGACAAAGCCAGAAAAGGAAGCAUCUCCUCUGAAGAGAUCAUCAAAUAUGCCCACAGGAUCAGUGCCAGCAAUGCAGUGUGUGCUCCGCUCAACUGGGUACCAGGUGAUCCACGUAGACCUUACCCCACUGACCUGGAAAUGCGUAGUGGAAUGUUGGGUCACAUGAGCAACCUGCCAACCAAUGGCGUAAACGGACACCUCCCUGGAGAUGCACUGGCUGCUGGGAGAUUGCCAGAUGUGCUGACACCCCAGUACCCCUGGCAGUCUUCCGAUGUCUCAGUGGGCAUGCUCCCCCCUCACCAUGGAAACGACUUUGGGUUGGAGCCCCCUGGCCACAACAAGGAGAACGAGGACGAUGUGGAGGCCAUGUCUACUGACUCAUCCAGUAGCAGCAGCGACUCCGACUGAUUGAUGUCUCUCUCUGUCAACCUGUGUGUAUAGCUGAUUUUGGGGAUGUGAACACCGACAAUAUAUCACACCCGUCACCUAUGACAAGCUCUGACUUUUUCAUUGUCUGAUGAGACAUUAGUACAAAACUCUUGUCAUCCCACAUUUCAUUUGAAAACCUAUAUGUUAUGUUCACUUUAUGCGACUUUGUGAAGAUAGGAACAUUACUUUUAUUUUCUAAGAAAAGUUUUUUUUUGUUUUGAUAUUUAAAUAAUGUGUUGCUUAUUUGAACCCAAGUGCUCCUCAACGUGUCUGCUUUUGGUUAAAACAUCUCAGAAGGAUUGUAUUUAGAAUGUAUAGGUGCACUUGAUUCAGCUUGCCCCUGUUCACAGUUGCUGGGCAAGCUUCUUGAAGUAUACCUUAUUGUUUUUGAAACAUGCAUAUUCAUGUAUGCCUACAUUUAUUUGGAAGGGUUUCCUCAAUGUGUAAAUGCCUGUAAAUACUGUACGUUUUCAGCCUUGUAAAUAAUAAUACAUUUG